CAGUGUGAAGCCUUGGGACUGGGAAUGCUUAAAUCUGGUUUUCCUCUGACUGGUUGGUUUUAGGAAGGUUCUUGCAGUGGAUGUGGGACGUUUCCUACCGGUAGUUAGCCUCCGUAGCAGUAGGCACAGAUUAUCUGCUUUAACUGACUCCUUCUGUUAUAUGCUGGUCACUCAGAAGAGCAGCCUUUACAUGAUAGCAUCUCAUACUACUGCUGUAGCAGACAACUGGGAGCAUAGCCAAUAUUUCUGAGGGGGGGGAAAGAUUUCUUACUUUUUCUCUGCCAUCUCUUGAGGGGAAUCUUACCACAAGGACUGCACAAUCUCUUCUUGUUUCUCGAUGAUCCCCGUCAGCCAUGUGGACUGGCAAGAAGCCAGUACAGCUUGUAACACUCUGCCAGUGUAAACUGCAAAUUCUGCAUUCACCAAAACAAUGCUGGUGAAUGUGCCCUAAGGCGCAUGAUGUACCCUGAUUCAGGGUGAAUUCAGGGUGAAUCUGCUUUUCAGGAGUCAGUUCCUUGACAUACACCCUCUGGAGUGUAGGACUGGAGAAAGCUUUCAGAUUUUUAGAGAACAUCACUAAAUUGCUGAGAAUCAGUCCUAAUCUUUUCAAAGUACCCAUCCAGUAUGCAUCCAGUCCCUGCAUUGUAUCUUGCACCAGUGUUCAGAACAUGCUGGUCCCUUGCCUGGUUGCAGGACAAAUGGAGAUGAUAGUACGAGUACUGUAGCCAGUGCAUGUGCUAGCAAGACCUGUGUUAGCAUAGCAGUUGCCCUGUAUUAUCUUCCCUGGGUACAGCUUCUUGUGUUCCACUUUCUUGCAGUCAUUAAGUGGGAGCUGACAGCAUCAUGCCUGGUUGCUCCCUUUCAUUUUGUCCUCAUAGGAGACAGACGGACCAAGCAGGCUUAGGUUCACCCAUUAACUUCAUGGCUGAGAGGGGAUUUGAACCUGGGUCUUCCAAGACUUAAUCUGGCACUCUAAACACUGCGGAACACUUCUCAUUUACUUUCUUGGUUUCUGGAUUCUGUGCCGUGACUGUUUAUUACUUUUCACAAAUCUGUCACCUAUGUGGAAGGGAUCUGCUGGAGUUUUGACCUCCACCCUAUCCCUGGACUACAUAAAUACAGACUUUGUCUGUAAGUGGAAAAACUUCCAACCUGUGAACCCUUGUUUACUUUGGCUGUGCCCAUUUAACCAGUAGUUAGCUGAAGCAGUGUCUGAGCAGAAUAGAAACAGAUGUUGCAGCUGUGACUCAAACCCAGUUGUUCAACUGAAGGAACACAAUUAAAGUUGUUUUCUCCUAUCACCCAGACUGUGGUUUUGUUAAUGGAUUGGCCAGCAUAAGUCUCCUAAUGUUUCCAAAUUCUACAAGUUGACUCCUGCAUAUAAUCAAGUAGAGUUUUGAAGAAGAAAGAGGACACUCCUGGGGAGCAGGCUGCUAAAGCCUUGGCUAAACUAGUUGAAACCUGCCUUGCCUCUUGCAGUAGCUUUGGGUGUGAAUGCUCCUGCUGAAAUCCAUAAAGCUACGCAGUAAACAUUGUGUUGGGCAUCAUCUCCUUCCUUCUAAGGCUUUAGGUAGUUUAAAGGGGAUGAAAGAUCUAACAAUCACCUAACAGACCGAGCUCAUCACCAUGUUUUUAGAGAUGUUGGAACUGGGAGAAUUCCUCUUUUUGAAACCUCUGUGGAAGGGAUCAGGCAUCCUUGGCUACUGUUCAUCCCAGAUAAUUUUUGGUGGCCGUCUUGGUGUCAUGCCUACAUUCGUUGCUUCUUUUAAUAAUAUAUAUUGUUUAACUGGGCACCUAGUGAUAGAUCACAUAUUUUCCCCAGUGGCACAGAACAAGGAGAACUGAGAGUGUGCAUAAAGGGAGCCAAGUCUGCUAAGGCUGAUAGACCACAAAAAAUGGUUACUAGCCUGCCAGCUCAUGCAUUCUCUACAUGAGGUUUCUGGCACAUAGAAAACAGGUGGGCUGCCUUUUAACUUAAAAAAAAAAAUCCCUCAUGUGGUUAGCUGGAGGAGACUCGUUGAGAGGCUGUGCAUUCUGGCCCUUCAGAAUUUGCUGAGCCAAGGGAACUUUACAUAGUGUUCAGAUCAUACUGGAAAGUUACCUACUGCUUGCACCAAUCUCUAGCCCUUAUAUUUGAGCGCUUUUUCUGCAAAUGGCCCCUGAGCUACUGUUCAAGUUCUUUGGUUUUCUUUUUGAUGAGCACUUAGAUUGUUAAGCAGGUUUUUUUUUAACGCCAUAUAAAAUUCAGUCAUAUUUUCCCACCAGAAUCUUCAUUUUAUCCUUUGUAUCUCUAUAGUGCUCCACCUCUAAUUGUGUCUGUUUUCCUUUUCUCCUUGAGCGGCCUACAUUUCAACGGAUGGUAGCUACACAGGCCAACUUGCGGGAACAAAGAUGCGAGAUGCGUGUCUCUCGUAACGUUUGUGUGAGAUGCACAUGUCUCAGCGGGGGAAUUGCCAUCGUGACCAUAGAGUACAUUGUACAGAGCAUCCCAUCUCUUUAUCCGCACUCUGUCAUUAGGAGCUUCUUUGUUACGCCCCUCCCCUCUCAGUAGCACUUCUUUUACUACACCCAAAACAUUGAAAAGUUUCCUGCUGCUAUUUUAAAAUUUCCUGCUGCCAAUAUCACCGUGUCAUCCUCGGAGCACACCAUGUUGUCUGAUACCCUUCCAGAGACCGUACCAGUGCCGAAUCAUGGCACAAUGACGCCUUCUUCCCAGGGGUCUUCCUCCGCUACAAAAUCAAGGCGCCAGCCUGUUUGGACCGACGAGGAAACGCGGGCCUUCAUCCAGGUGUGGGGUGAUGAUGCUGUGCAGAGUGCUCUGGCUUCAAACUAUCGCACUGUCGCCCAGUUUCAGUGGAUAGCUGAUGAAAUGCGAGCCCGGGGAUACAACCGGGAUUGGGAGCAAUGUCGCGAACGUGCAAAGGUGCUUCGCCGUGGUUUCAAAGAAAUCGUGGACGGCAACAGCAAUGCUGGUCAUGGGCGCCGAGUAUGGCCGUAUUAUGAAGAACUUAACCGCUUCCUUUGCAUCAAGCAAAAUCUGGUCGUUCCACGGCUUUCAGGGACCAACGCAAGACCACCUGUUGAUCGUCGACGCCGGGAGCACAGAGAAACACAAGAUGCUGCCUAUGAACCACCAUUGUCAGUGGGAAAGAGCGACAAAGGGACUUUCGAAGAGCCCGAUGGGGACUGUUUACUCUUACCUGAAUCAGCAGGGUCGCAGCAGAGUGAAGCUAAUAUGGAAAACCAAGCAGCAUCGCCAGCAGCAAACUCUGAUCUAUCCAUGGAUGGGAGUGCUGGCCCUGGCACGCCAACAGAUCCUCUGCCAUCCAAUGACUCAAUCUCCGCACCAAAUCUACGCCCUCGACCACUGACCGCUGCAGAGAGAAUGCGCAAUCUUCGUUGCAGGCAGAGAAAGAGGAGAGGGGAUACCUUGAAGGAGCUGAUGGAAGUCACUUCCCAGGCCACCAGCGAACUCGUCCGGACACUGUCCGACCUCACACACAAAGAGGUGGCUUCCUUUGAGCGUGCUUACAAGGAGGACCUUUCAGCACGCAAAGACGAGAUGGAACAGAGCGCCGAGGACAUUGGCAGGCUUGUGAGCGCUUUGGAAUCGAGUGAUCAAACUCUGAAGGAGCAACUGAGUAGCCAGACAAGUGUACUGCAGGGCAUCCUGGAAGUCAUGAAAGACAUACGGGGUAGAACAUCUUACAGUCCUCCAUACCCUUCACAGUAUUAUGAUUUCCCAGGCCCUAGCAUGAUGCAUGCAGCUGGUACAUCCUCAAAUGGUCAGGAGAUGCCUUGCCCUUCCCCUUCCGGCCUUGCAUUUCCUUCCCAGCAAUCUGCUACCAGCAAUGGAGACGUCUCUCCCAGGAAGCGAAUGAAAUGAAAGCACUGGCGUGGAGAGGCAUUCUAUACUGCCUGUUUAGUAUCCUUGUUGAAACCAUCCCUCCAGCUAUUGUUUGUUCUAAUUAUGACAUAUAUAUUGCUUUUUCUUACCGCCUUUCUUAUUGCAUAGUUAGGAUGUGUUCUCACCACAUUUUAUGUGUGUCUACACAACGUUCUGUUGUGAAAAUGGCUGCCAGCAAUGUACAUUUAGAUUUAUCCUUGAUUUUUUUUUUUAGCAUACCUACAUUAGUUUCUCUUCCACCCUGUUUCAAGAGGAAUGCAGUGUUUGAUGUAUAAGUGUAAAUGUUUUUCAGUACACUUAGCACAUUACUGGGUACCUGUAAAAAGGUAAUCUUUUGACAGUAAUAAAGCCGCACUGUUGUUCCAAAUAAUUUAAUUUGUGUUUUACCAUAGUGUACAAAGACUUACCACACAUUGCAUCAGAUUUCUACCUAGUUCAGCUUUCUGUCUUCCAAGAAUGGCUAGCCAGAUACCAUGAAGAAGUUCACAAAUGGGGUACGAAGGGCAGCUUUUGCCCUCAUUAGCCCUCAGCAUCUGGAAGGCAAGGGUGAACCAUCUCUGAUAACUUAUGGCCCAUAGAGCUACCCUUCAUACAUCAAACUAACCCUGUUAAAAAGCCAUUUAUGCUAAUGAUUUUCCCAGCAUCCUGUGCCAAUAAAAUUAAUAGGUUAAACGUGUUGCAUUCAAAAGUACUUCUUUCUUUUCUGUCGCCAUCAGUGGAUUGUUUUCUAUGUGUUUAUAUUUGAAUGGUGUGAAAUUUUUACAAGUUGCACCCGCCGUACUGUAGAAGGUCUUACAGCUCUGCCAUUCUGUCCUUGUCUCCUCCCACUCACUUGUUUUCUGGGCUGAAAAAAUUAUUUCAGGACCAGACUAGAUCAGAUAGUGGAAAACCCAUUUGUUUAAAAACACGUCUACCCCUAAAGAACAUGUGAGUGGGAAAAACUGUACCUUGCCUUGGGUGCAAGCUACCUCUUUAUAGCAACCCACGUACAUGCACACUUCUCCCAACCAAGAUCACACUUGAUACUGGAACUCUGCUGAGGAGAACAGCACAGGUUGUGUAUAAAUCCACUUGCGGAGAGAGCAGAAUAUAAAUUGAAUAAAAUAAAUAAGCCACAGUCAGAAUAAGGUUUCAGUAACCCCUGUCUGUAUGACCUGCACUUUAAAAAAAUUGGAUCCAUCCACUCCUUGCUUCAUACUUGAGUGGGACAGGCUUGUGGUAAAGCAGUUAGGUCUGCUGUUGUCACAUCUAAUUUGUUAAUUUACUUGGUGGCCUUCUCAUAUGCCCCCCCCCCCCGCAACUUGCUUCUUUCUGCAGUCUCCACCUCUUCUAUAGCCCUCACAGGAGAUGGUUCACCAUUGUGUACAAUAAUCCGAAUAGGAACAGCAUCCUCGGUUGGUGGUGCUAUAUGUUCACAUGCUUAUUGACGUUUUGAAACUAUUUUAAUAGCUUGGUGACUUGCUUUUGCAGAUAACGUUGUUGCUUCUUCAUCAACAUGGCAUGCUCACCUACAUGGGUAACAUUACUGUUGUCAGCUAACUGUUUUUACCCAUUUAGACCCAAAGGAAGUGAGGCUUGAGAAACCUACAGUUUCCUGGGACCACACUUCUGAGAAAGACCCCAAUCCCGCUGAAGUAAUGGGUUAGUAAUCUCAGACAGUUCCAUGGAGCCUAAAGGAACACUCAUCAACUUGUGGAUAUCCCCUGCUGGAUUGGAAAAAUAGUCUCCAUUGUCUAUCCAUUUGUUAUGAAAGUAGAUUUUAAACUGUUACAAAUAUUAUUUAUUUUUCUGAUAUUUCUUACACUGAGCUAUUAACACAUUCAAGUCUUGGUGAUUGCUACUAUUUGGUUGUACUUCUAAAACUACCUUUACUACCUUGGUUUGAUAUAGUUCUUCUGAUGCAUUGCAUGCAAUAAAAGGUCCAGGUGCUGAGAAUCUCUUCAAUAUCUGUAGGGGAAAAAUUGGUUUUUGCAGAUUUUUGCAAUUUGCUUUUUUGUUCCAUUUACCUCUUUCUGGAUAGUGUCCUGCUUCAGAUGAAUGUAACAAAUUAAUAUCUAUUUAUUUGUGUAUGUCUAGCAGUUUGCUCUCCUUCACCUACCUUGUGAUUUAAUUUCCCAGAGUCUAUCCUAUGGAAUUAUGCAGCACGUUCAUCCUGUUCUGAUGGGCCUAACUUGAAAUAACCAUCUAGCAUUUCCUGUGUUGUCCCUUUGCUUUCUUAAUUUAAUUGAAUGAAAUAAAACAAGAGUCCAGUGGCAUCUUUAACAAAAUUGAUCCCAGCAUAAGCUGUUGUGAGCCAGAUUUCAUCUCCUCAGAAACAUCUCCUUUUUCGAAGUUUGUAAAACACCUUCUGUACCACCUAUUUAUUAAACUCUAGUUUUCUCCCCUCCUUCCAAGCAGUGCAUAGGGAUUCCAUCAGACGUUACACCACUUCUGGUUUCAUAAAUAACAAGGCACAGCUUUCAGGGAGAAAUAACAGAUACAUUGAUUCCUUACAAUCAGAUCUGACAAUCAGGCUAGCUGUACCCUCACAGAACUGAUACACUUUCUGAUUUUCCAACCCAUGACUGUUUUUGGCAUUGUGUGAAUGGAGGUGCAAUAGUGGAUACUGUACUCCCUGUUGUUGUUGUUGUUUUUUAACAUCCACUUGGAAUUUCUGCUCACAGAGAUUUGGUGGUGGUCGUAUUUUGAUUGUUUUCGUUUUCUUUGAAAACACUAUACCACCUCCAACUCAGCAUAUACCUUUUUUUCCAAUAGGGUUUGAUCUCUGGGAUGAUUUGUGUUCCGUUGAUCGUCAUUCCAUAUGCUUCUAAAGUCUCUCUUAAUGUUAUUUCAUAUUUCACCCAUCCUUGCUCUUGGGCUCCCAGUAUUAGUCUAGAAACUCAUUUUGUAUAUUAUUUGUCGCUUAUUUAAAUGGGUGUCCUAGCUGCCACAGGUUUUAUUUGAUGUGAUACUUGGUUGCUUAUCACUGGUGUGUGUGUGGUCUACUUCUGUCUUCUAUGGAGAAGGUGGUGUGUGUUUGAGAUUAGAACACCAACCUGAAUGAGGUGAGCAGAUUGUUCCUUGAUGCCUAUCAGCUUCCCCAUGCCCAACCUCUCCUUGUGCUAGUCUAAAAGAUCUUUAAAAUUGAAUACUUUGUAAAGAAGAUCAUGUAUUAGAGUGGAUGGGAGUAAUCCCUUUGUUGGGUCGUUCUCUUCCAUUCUGGAUUUACCAUAAUGUUAUAUAAAAACACUUCUACUGUAAGAGUUUCUUUUUAAAAUAUUCUUCAUGAAGUAAUAAGAAUGCAGUAGUUAUAUUCACUUAGAAUGAAUGGUGGGCUGUACCAGAGAGAUGAUUGACCUGCUAUUGGGUUUUUGGGGUGACUACUGACCCAGACUUCCCUUUCAGGAAGAAGAAUAAGAAGAUGAGGAAUUCAAGCACGUCUAACUUGACAUGCUGAGAAUUUGUGUGUGUGUGUAUAUAUAUAUAAAUAAAUAUAUAUAUGUAAAUAUUCUAGUACUUGAGGAGUAUAAUAAAGGGCUAGUUGAAAACACA